AUGCAGCCUGCGCGCCGGGGCCGCCUAUCCACGGGGGGGCCAAGCAGCCUUCCCCAAGAGACCGUUACAAGCAGCCCCUCCAUCUCCGGUGAUCUUCGGCUGCUCCACACCAUAGAUUGUGGAGAUCAGCUUCUUUGCUGCCAGUUCAAUAAUGACGGGACGCGGGUUGCAGUGGGAUUGCGCACUGGCCCCAUUAAGGUUUAUUCUGUCCAUGAUGGAUCCAUUCAUCAUGUCCUUGCUGAUAGCGAGACUACAGCCCUUGGGUUACCUACCACCUCCCUGCGCUUUAUGCCCCGUGGCCCCGCCCAUAAUGGAGAUGUCUUACUCGCCAGCUAUUCUGGUGGAAAGGUCAAACUGUGGCAUGUACCUUCCCACACCUGCCUGCGCACUAUAACAGAGGACCGCCAGACAAUGAUUGCCACCUUCAACUCUUCCGGCUCCAAGUUCAUCACAGGGGGAGCAGGACCUGGGAUUUACAUGUAUGAUGCUCAGACCUGGGAUAAACUCCAAAAUUUUCAGCCAAGUGAUUCUCCAAAUGUGAUGGAUGGGCACAUGUCUCGGGUCUAUGCCCUGACCUUCUUCCCUGAAAAUGACGAUCGUUUUGUCUCUGGAGGAUGGGACAACACAGUGCAGUUCUGGAAUAUGCAGUCAACACACUCCCAACGGCGCCUCUCUGGGCCUCACAUCUGUGGUGACGCUGUCUCAAUAGACAAAACUGGAUCACAGAUCCUGACAGGUUCCUGGAGGAGGAAUAACACCUUGCAGAUCUGGGAUGCUGAAUCUGGUGCCAAGAUCAUGGACAUCCCAGAAGACUUCCGUGGUCACUCACAGAUUUAUACCUGCCACUUCCUUGGCCCUGACCACAUUAUAGCUGGUGGGAGUCGGAACAACUUAUGUCGGCUCAUUGACAGGAGAAUCCUCAUGAGCACAGGGGUACUGAAUGACCUGCCUGGGGGUGUUUACAGUACUCACGUCAGUGGCCGAGGGGUCCUUGCUGCUACUUCCAACAAUAAUUUGUAUCUUGCACAGACUCCAGUAAGACCUUGAGCACUCCCUUAAGACGGCUCAGCAUGAAACCUUUGCUACAGAGUGAUGUCACCAACACCUUCCCAUCCUGCUCUGUUGUUAAUUAUUCCGGCCAGCCUGGCUGUGGACUUC